CGAAUAGCAAACAACACACUCUCCUGAAUGAUACCAGAGACUUUGACGGCCAUAGCAAGCAUGUUAGGAGAUAAUGCGAUACAGUGUCUACGUGAUCCUGCCAAGUGGAAAGUAAUAGAAGAUGGGUUCCACAGCCUCUGGCAAUUCCUGCAUUGCAUUGGAGCACUUGAUGGGAAACAUGUCAAGUUUAGGCCUCUACGCUCUGAUAGUUCAUCAUUCAGAAACUACAAACGUCACGACAGCAUAGUUCUUUCAGCUCUAGUAGAUGCUAAUUAUAAAUUUUUGUUUGUGGACAUUGGCGGAAAUGGAAGAAUGAAUGAUGGUGCAAUAUUCAGAGAGAGUGCCUUGUUCAUGAAACUCGUGGAUGGUUCAUUAAAUUUGCCACCACAGUCUCCACUUCCAGGUAGUGUAAUCUGUGUUCUCUACAUGUUUGUGGCAGAUGAUGCUUUUGCGUUAAAAGAAAAUUUAAUGAAACCAUAUCCUGAACGUGACAUGACACCAGAAAAAAGAAUUUUUAACUACAGAAUUUGUAGAGCACGUAGAGUUGUGGAAAAUGCCUUUGGCAUAACGUCAAACAAAUUCAGAAUUUUGCUGCAGACUAUUCCACUACCUGUUUCCAAAGUAGUGCUCAUUACAAAAGUAUGUUGCUUGUUGCAUAAUUUUGUACUUGCCAGAAACUCUCAAGGAUAUGUCCCUCCAAAUGUAGAUGAAUUACCAUGUCUUCCUAGCAUUGCUGCUCAGGGUGCAAAUCAUAGUUCAGCCAAUGCAAGAGAAGUGAGACAACAUCUGACAUGGUAUUUCAAUACUGUUGGCAGAGUUCCAUAG